CUGGGCGGCAGGAAGUUGCGUAUACGACGCAUUGUCACUCGGCAGGUGACGCGGAUCGGAAGUCCUUUAUUCGCGCGCUCCCAGCGAUUUCAAUGUCCCUUUUGGAAAAGCGCCGUCAAGGUGCUAAGUGCGUGUAAUUAGUCGAAAUUGAAUUAAUUGCAAAGAAUUUUGAAUUGAGUUACGUUGACGAAAUGGCGGCUGCCGAGCCGAAAAGUGAAAAGUGACUGCUGGUGGGGAAUCACCGCCGGAAAUGGUGCGUAAAAUAAAACGGCCCCAGGCAGAAGCUUGAAAAGUUUGAAAGAGUUUUAAGAAAGUUUUAACACGAGUGUCAAAACAAAAGGGACUUUUCCUAUUUUGUCAGGCUUACAUAUAAAGUUUUAUUUCAUAAAACCAGAGUUUUAUUUAAAAGUGAUACUAUUUCAAUAACAUUUUUUUAUCAAUAAAGUAACUGACUUACUGAAAUGAAAUGGUGGACACUUCUAGUAAAAAUAUUAAAAGUGAUAAAGAAUAACUGAUUGCCAAUAAAAGUGCGGCAAUUGACUUGCAUCAGAAUGUCUUGAUUGAAAUGCCCUCUUGAAAUGGAAAAUAAAUUGAAGACAUAUCAAUCGUGGAAUUUCCAAAUCUCUUCAGAAAAGUUUAGCUCGCUUCGCUGACCGAAAACCAUAAAAACGGACACAACUUUCAGCGCGAAAAGUGAAGAUUUUGGUAGUCGAACUCAGGAGCGGAUUCCUCGACGGCUUCUUCAUCGGCAGGAUGAAACACACGUUCCUUACCAACGGACAUUGGCUCCUGUCUCGGUUUGCCUUUUGUACGGCGGCAUUAGGCAAAUUGACAACAGCUUAAAUCACUUUGAGGUGGCUUAAAGCCUCGACAUCGUCGCAAAGAACCUCUUGUCAAGCUCAAGGAUUCGUAGUGCCGCUGCCGUUGGCAGUUAAAACUCUCACUUGACGAACACCGUCGAGCGGCAAAAAAGGAGAAUCUCGGGGAUACCAAUAGACAGAAUCCUCUGGGACAAUGGACGUGGAACUCGAGGAGGAGGAGGAGCGAAUUUGCCUGAGGACCGCGGAGGAGGGGCAGUUGGCCAACAUGGAUGACGACAAGUUGGUUUCGGACGAGGUGCACAUGCGGCAGCUGAGUGCGACGCCCUCGUCGGCGUUCUCGCUGCAGCAGCGUCGGCAGAGCAACAGUUUGACCCACUCCGCACCCCCCGACCUCCCGCAGGGGGCGGGCGACACGAAAGAGGAGGCGCCACCAGGGGGUGGUGCUCCGGGGCAGGAUGGGAAUGUGGAUCCCGAAGAGAGGGUGGUCCUUCGGCGGGCGGUGGACAGGGGCGCCAUUGCCUUGGCUCAAAUCGACGACCUGAAACUGGAGGGAGAUGAUGAUGAUGAUGACGAUGAGGAUGAGGCCGAUGGUCUGGGUCUAAGUAAUCCCGCAGCGCAGACCACGGAUGAUGAGCAGAUUACGGUCAAGGGAGCAGGAACAGGAACAGAGACAGCCACCACAUCCUCGACAGAAACAGCUGCCGCAUCCUGCGAGCAGGAUGCAGCCACGGUCGCAGUUGCCACAACGAUAGCCACUCCGGACAUGUCGAAAAUACCCCGACUGCCCGGCGACGGUGCCCAAAUGGAGGAGGACACCGGCGACCUGCCGCCAUCGCUGCGUGCCUCCACCACAUCAAUUUUGUCCAAUUUGCGCAAGAAACAGCAGGGCGGCCCCCUGCGCGGGGGCGCGGCCAAGCAGACGCCCCUGCGGGUGCAGUCCGUCCGGAUUGUGGAGGCCAAGCGGGCCUACGGACCCAAGCGCCGCACGGAGAGCUGCAGCAUCUUUGGCAACAGCAAUUUCGAACACGAUAUGGAAUCGGGUAACUCCCUAGCCAGCAUGGCUGGCCAACCGCAACGGCCCCUAAACAACGAGAUGUAUUCGGCCUUCAAGAGUGGCAACGUGGUUAAAGGAAUCCUAUGUCCCUCGUUGACCAACUCCUUCAAGCAGAGUUCCCUGGAACGGUCCUACCUGACUUACACGCAUCGCCAGCGCCAGAAGUCCCUGAUCAUUGUGAACGUGGUGGAUUUUGUUCUUAAGAUUGUAUUGGCUUUCGUCUGGAUAAUGCGAAGGAGUGAACUGGGACCUCUUGAAAACGAAGGAGGAACGAGCAUGGCUACGGCCAUCACAUGGUCGGUUUGCUGUGGGAUUGCCAACAUGGCCAUCUGCUUUUUGGGCUACUGGCGCUGCUUCGCCAACAACUAUUUGCACUGGGCGGCGGUCUGCACAUGGGUGCUCUUCAACAUCCAGGGAUUCGUUGGCCAGGGCGUGGGAUUCGCCGAUCGGGAGUACCUGGUGUGGUACAUCCUGUUCGUCAUCUUUGUGCCCUAUGCCAUGCUGCCCCUGCCCCUGAAAUGGUGCGUUGUGGGCGGAACCAUCACGGCCAGCUGUCAUUUGGCCGUGAUUACCAUCAUCAAACUGCAGCACACCGAGGCCACCAUCAAUGCCGAGUGCGUUCUGUUCCAGAUCUGUGCCAACUUCAUUCUGUAUACGGCCAUCAACGUGGCCGGUAUGUACACAAAGUAUCUCACGGAUCGCGGUCAACGAUUGGCAUUCAUCGAAACCCACAAGGCCAUGGAGCACAAGAAGGAGUCCGAAAAGGAGCUUCAGCGAACCCAAAAAUUACUUGAUUCAAUUCUGCCCAACAUCGUGAACAAUCAAAUUCGCAGCGAAAUGUACAAGGGCACGGAUCCCACGGUGGAGACGCAGUUCAACAAAUUGUACGUUUAUCCCAUGGACAAUGUGAGCAUUUUGUUCGCCGACAUUAAGGGCUUCACCGAGUUGGCCAGCAAAACUUCGGCCCAGCAGCUGGUGAAAAUCUUAAACGACCUGUUCGCCCGAUUCGAUCGCAUUGCGGAGGACAACCACUGUCUGCGCGUGAAGCUGCUGGGCGAUUGUUACUACUGUGUGUCGCAGUUCGAGAGCGACAACUGGAAGACGCGGCCGGAUCACGCGGUGUGCAGCGUGGAAACAGGCCUGCACAUGAUAAAGGCCAUUAAGGAUGUGCGCCUGCACACGCACGUGGACCUCAAUAUGCGUAUCGGCAUCCACAGCGGUUCGGUGAUGUGCGGCGUUCUGGGCAACAAGAAAUGGCAUUUCGACGUAUGGUCUAAUGAUGUUAUCAUUGCGAACCACAUGGAAUCCGGCGGUAUUCCCGGAAGAGUCCACAUUUCGGAGGCGACGCUCAAGUGCCUGAACGAUGCCUACGAGGUGGAACCGGGAAAUGGCGGCAGUCGGGACAAUCACCUGAAAAUGCUGAACGUUAAGACCUUCCUCAUCAAGCGUACCGAGCCAUUGAGACCCAAGCGGCGUUUUGGCACACGCAGCAGCGCCCAUUUGGCGGGAAGCGUGGCCACUGCCCCCUCUGCCACGCCCACGGCUCUGCCCAAAUCGAUCUCGGCCAGCGGCAGCGGAAGCAUCGGUGGGGUAACCACGGCCGGCGGCGAUGGCGCCAGCAUGGACGGACGGAGUCUGGAAUACGCCGCCACCAUCACCGUGCCCGCCCAGCAGCCGGCGCAACUUCUUCAGCAGCAGCAGAAGAAGAACAUAUCCCUGAACUCGCUGCCCAAUGUGGUGGAGGGCGUGGCCAUGGACAGCCGAAGGAUGAGGAACGGUUGCGGCGGAAUGGGCGGAGCAGGUGGCGCUGGAGGAGCCGGAACGGGUCCUUCCGGAAUGUCCACCGUGUCCUCGCCCACGGCCAUGAUGUCGGCACCACUGGAGGUGCAGCUGCGACCCAGGAACGGAGCCACCAGCAUCCAAAACCUGGCGGAGGCCAUCGACGGCAAGGGCCUGAUCAUCGAGGAUGAGUCCACCACCGAUUGGAUACCGGAGAUUCCUUUCAAGAACCUCAACAGCCCCGAAGAAGGCCUCAAUCGCGCGGAUUCCAUACUGGUUGAUACCAAGGAGGAUCACAGAGUCUCUGUGGCUGUUCUGGAUGAGGAGAUCGACGAGUUCAUCGAGCAGAACAUCCAAAUCAAUUCAAAUAAGGAAAUCCGACGCGAGUACCUAAAUCCCUGGACCCUGAAGUUCAAAGACAAGAGUCAGGAGCAGAAGUUCUGCCAGUUGCGAGAGGAUAUGUUCCGAUCCAAUAUGCUGUGUGUGUUUGUCAUCUGGAUAUUUAUGGUGCUGUGCCAGGUCAUCAUCAUUCCGCGGUGCACGCGUCUCAUUAUUUGUCUCUCGGUGGGCACCAUAGUUCUGACUUUCUGUUGUGUUUUGGUUAUGGCCGAGGAGUUCCCAGGACUUCCCCGCUGCCUGAAGACGAACUCUGCCAAAUUGGUGCACCAACGGCAGCGUCGAACUCUCUUCAUUUGCGGCGUCAUCGUGUCCAUGUGCAUGCUGAGUGCCAUUGGACUGGUCCUGUGUCCUACUUCCACCUAUAUUGGCACCGUUGACGAGCAAGCCCGAUAUAUGCCAAUGACCUUGCCUUAUAGCAACACCUCCUCCAUGGCGGAAAAGGAGUUCAAGCUGAAUCUAGUUUUGAAUUUAUCGACCACCCUCAAGAUCUCCAGAAAUCCUGAUCAAGAUAUCACACUCACCACAACCGGACACAGUGUGUCUAUCAGCAAUCUUAGCUACGUAGAUCCUUAUGGAAUGCGGAGUACAGUGAAUGUUGAGGGGUCCUGCGCCCAUCCAGAGUAUUUGGUGUUCACCUGGGUGCUCUGCCUCGUCUCCUUGGCCACCGCCUUGAAGCUCUAUUACCUGGUUAAGGCCAUAAUGGCCUUGGGCAUGGUGGCAUUCUAUACCGCGCUGAUCCUGUUCAAGUUCAGCACGGGGGAUAGCUUUAGUCUGGUGCAGCUGUCCACACUGGGCGUGCCCCUUGGAGUCCAAAUGCUGAUACUUCUGAUAUCGUUCCUGGUGAUGGUCUGCUACCAUGCGAGACUGGUGGAGGUAACCUCCCGUUUGGACUUCAUAUGGAAGGAACAGGCCGAGCGUGAACUGACCAACAUGAAAUCCAAUCGUGCGCUUAAUGACACACUAAUUAAGAACAUCCUGCCGGACCAUGUGGCCACCUAUUACCUGUCCGACGAGCACACGGACGAGCUCUACUCCAAGAUGCACAAUCUGUGCGGCGUGAUGUUCGCCUCGAUUCCGAAUUUCCAGGACUUUUACUCCGAGGACAUCGACAAUGGCAAGGCCUGCAUUCGCAUCCUGAACGAGAUUAUCUGCGACUUUGAUGAAUUGCUGGAGGAGCCACGUUUCGCAUCGGUGGAGAAAAUCAAGACGGUGGGUGCCACCUAUAUGGCGGCGGCGGGUUUGAAUCACGAGCACCUCAGACUUCGCGGCGAGACCUCCGAGGAUAGUGUGUGUGACCUGGUGGAGUUCGCCUUUGCCAUGAAGCAGAAGCUGGAGGAGAUCAACGGCGAUGCUUUCAACAAUUUCCAGCUGCGCGUGGGCAUCUGCAGUGGUCCCUUGGUGAGUGGAGUGAUUGGAGCCAGGAAGCCGGUCUACGAUAUCUGGGGCAAUACGGUUAAUGUGGCCUCGCGAAUGGACUCCACCGGCGAGAACUGGCGUGUUCAGGUACCGGAGAAUACGGCGGAGUUGCUCUGCUCCCGGGGUUAUACCUGUGUGAAACGUGGCGAAAUCGCUGUGAAGGGCAAGGGCAUGAUGACCACUUUCUAUGUGCAUCCCAAGGGCAUUACGGAGAGCCAGCUGAUCUCGCCGGUUCGCAUGCCAGCUGGGAUUCCCCUGGCCCAAACCCCGAACCUUCAGCGACAGACCUCCCAUCAUGGAUCCUUCAGUGCCGUGGUUUUCGGAAUGCUACAGGCCAGCAAACGCAGCACUGCCAUUGCCGGAACACCCACGGGCACUCCCUCGCCGCAAAUCCGCCGAGGACAUCGGGGUAGCACCUUCAGCUCGGUGCGGUUAUCACAGAAGUCUACCACGGUCAAUCCAGUGCGCCGGAAUACAACCCGUGUACGGGGACGUUCCUAUCGCCAGAAAAAGAGUUCCUCCAACAAUUCAAUCGUCACGCAGGCCAGCUCCAGCUACAUGCCAUCGUUUCGACGGAUCGAUCAGAUCGAGACGACGAUAUCGAAGAGCCACAACGAUGCGUUAUAGCCGAGUACGCGCACUCACUGGGUCUAAGUCGAUCUCAAGCGGCUAAAGUGUCUGAUGAAUUUAUUUUUGGAACGAUUUUAUUCAACGCGAAAGCAGCAGUGUCACAAGCUUGUUGACUUAACCUUAAGAAUAACUAGUAGAGAUCGGCACUGAAGCUACUUAGUAGAAUUUUUAAAUCACAAUUCUUGAACUUAUAGAUCAAAAUAUAUAAUUCUUGCAUUAUCUCAGCACAAUUCUAGUCGUUAAACCUAAGAUUUGCCGUUUGUAUGUAUGUGUGUAUUUGAAAUUCGUUUAAAGUAAGAAAUUUUGAUCUUCCCUCAAAACCCAACCGAACGAAAUGCCAAUGAACCUACUAUCUUUGUUCAAUUCUACCAAAAUGUUUACAAGUUAUAGGGUAAUUUUCUAGUGUUAGUAGUCAAUUUAAAAAUCCAAUAAUCAAAUAUACGUUGUACAAAUAUUUUCUUCUUCUAUGUGUAAAUAGGGUAAGAAUACCUUAGUGUAAAAUAUUUGAAAAAUAUCCAUUUAUGUGUAAAGAGGUGUACAAUUAUUAUAGCCAACAAAGUUUAAGCACAUAAAUUGUAAUUACAAAA